AUGUCAGAACCAACGGAUCCCAACUCUGGCGAUCCGGCCGGUCUGCCCACCGAGUCGAAUGCGCCAGCUACAGAGACUAGUCAGCCCCCCGCACAGAGUGGACAGCCGACAGAAGAAACACAUGUGCCCUCGGAUUCGAAUCAGGGGCCAGCUGCGAUGAGCGAGCCUCCGUCAGAACCCCCACAACCAGCGCAAGAUACCAAUCAACAAGUGAGCACUGGCAAUCCGCAGGAAGGAACGGAGCCAUCUGCACACGCGCCAAAUGUCACCUCGUCGAUCGACCAUGCACUGCCUGCGAUGGACUCCCACAUUCCAUCCUUAGACUUUGACACGGAAUUACCAUCGAUUGGAUCGUCCGCAGACGUGGACCUUUCCCUUCCAGCGAUCGAUACAACACUGCCUUCACUCGAUUCCGCAUUGCCGGCGAUUGGAACGGACAUUCCCACCAUGGAAGACCAUGAACGCCACUCGUUCGAGAAUGAUUUCGACCACCAUGACCAUCACCACAACGGAUCCGUUGAUUCUGGAAACAACUUUGAUCAGCACUCUGAGUCGAUGAAUGGUUCGAGCCAUUACCAAACGCCCGCCAAUGGCAAUUACCACUAUUCGCCAACGCCGCAACAGCAGGAUGGGCAACAAACGCCCCAAGGGCAGUCUCAACAUCAGUUCCAGUCGCAACCGCCUCCGAAUUACCAACAGCACAGUCCUGACAUGUAUCACAACUCGGGUGGCUUCUCCUCAGUGAACUCGAAUUCCGGGAAUAAUGGCCAGGGACAGCCUGGUCAGGUCCCGCAGGCUCCCAUCGGAUCGCCGAUGCCCGCACAUAUGCCUCCGAUGGCAUCAAUGGGCCAGUACAUGACGGGCUAUCCGUCCAAUGUUUCGCAGAAUCCGAACUCGCAGAUGCGUUACCCGCUCCCCGGUGAUCCUAACAAGAUUCUAUCGGGCGGGAGACAUAAAAAGGAGGUGAAGCGACGCACAAAAACCGGAUGUUUGACAUGUCGCAAGCGAAGAAUCAAGUGUGACGAAGGACAUCCGGUCUGCAGAAAUUGCGUCAAGAGCAAGCGUGAGUGCUUAGGCUACGACCCGGUGUUUAGGCCUCAAGCAUCUACCCCCUCGGCCAUAGCUCCAAACCCCCCUCCGUCGCUGGUUGUCAACCCCCAAGGCCCUCCUCCUGUUCAGUCGACUACUCCUUCUUACCCUUCCGCGCCUCCUGGGUACAUGCCCGCUUCCUCGCAACCGUUUGCGCCGUCCCUUCACUCCGAAUCUCCCAGCACCUCGACCGACCAGCCUGAACAACAUCACGUAGCUUCCGUUGACCAUACCUUGGGAGCCCACAACAACACACACCACCCCACAAAUAUGCAGAACUCCGGUGAUUUCCGGCCUCAGAGCCUGGAACCCACGUACAAAGCAGUGAAAACUCUCCACGUCAAUGACUUGAUUGCAUUACGGGGAAUCGACCCUCCGCCCCCUCACCCCGUUGGAAAUCUUCCCCCCGGUCGUCUCGAAGAAAUACAGGCUGUAUUCCUGGCCACUUAUGCGCCUGCGAUUGACAAGCUAUUGGAAGUCCGCUGGUACUCAGAAAAGGCUCUGUCAGUCCUCAUGGCAGAUUCGCAGCUGAUGGCAGAUUACUCAGCAUUGAUCAACGCGUUCAAUGAAUGGAAUCUUGCCGACAGGGACACUCUAGCUCGCCUGGAAAGCUUCGAAGCCUCAAUUAUCUGGAGGAGUAUGGUUCUCUGCCGCCAGGUACCAAGCGCAGAGAAUGGACAAUACGGACAAGACUGGAAUUUGCUGGCGACGAAUGCCCGUCUCAAUGCCAUCGAGGCCCUGUUGAGCUGGAACCACAUGGACCAGAAUGCCUUAUCGCGGCCGCUGGGCAUGGAUGCCGCUACUCCACCCAAUGCCCCCGAUCAGUUUUUGCAGCGUCAGCUGGAUUUCUGGAGCGAACUUGGUGACUUCUUGACUCUCCACGACAACGAGGCCAGCUCGGCCAAGCAGAUCGACGACACUCUAAGCCGGCUUCGCUCAAUGCUGGAUACAUAUGAAAACCGCGAUAUCAUCUACUCUAUUGCUAUUGCGCGCCACCUCGGCCAGCGCUGGGCCGACUUCCCUCAUAACCCGCCGAAAAUGGGCUACUCGAACGAGAAAGAAUCCGGCACCAAGCUUUUCGUCGCACAGAAGUUCAUCGAAGAAGAAGCUGAGGGCAAGGGCACCACUCAGAUCUACAAGCGCAUUUGCUGUAUGGCAGUGCGCUCGUGGUGGGUUGCUCGCGAGUGA